CGGCUGAGGCUUGAGACGAGCCAGGUGCCGGCCAGCCCUGGUUGCAGGGUAAUUCUAGCUUGUGUGUCAAGCGACCUGGUCGCUAUGGAGGCGGUCCUGACCGAAGAGCUAGAUGAAGAGGAGCAGCUGGUGAGAAGGCAUCGCAAGGAGAAGAAGGAGUUACAAGCCAAAAUUCAGAGUAUGAAGAAUGCUGUUCCCAAGAAUGACAAAAAGAGAAGGAAGCAGCUCACUGAGGAUGUUGCAAAGUUGGAAAAAGAAAUGGAACAGAAACACAGAGAGGAACUGGAGCAACUGAAGCUGUUUGCCAAGGAGAAUAAAAUAGAUUCUGUUGCUGUUAACAUUGCAGACUUGGUACUUGAGAAUCAGCCUCCUAGGAUAUCAAAAGCACAAAAGAGACGGGAAAAAAAAGCUGCAUUGGAAAAGGAGCGGGAAGAGAGAAUAGCUGAAGCUGAAAUUGAGAACCUUUCUGGAGCUAGACAUAUAGAAAAUGAAAAACUUGCUCAAAUAUUGGCAGCCAGAGAGUUAGAAAUUAAACAGAUUCCAUCUGACGGCCACUGUAUGUAUAAAGCCAUUGAGGAUCAACUGAAAGAACAGGACUGUGCUCUGACUGUGGCUGCCUUACGAAGUCAAACGGCUGAAUAUAUGCAAAGCCACGUGGAAGACUUUUUGCCAUUUUUAACAAACCCUCAUACAGGAGAUAUGUAUACCCCAGAAGAGUUUGGAAAAUACUGUGAUGAUAUUGUAAACACAGCUGCAUGGGGAGGUCAACUUGAGCUAAGAGCUCUGUCUCACAUUUUACAGACACCAAUUGAAAUAAUACAGGCAGAUUCUCCUCCUAUUGUAGUUGGUGAAGAAUAUUCUAAAAAGCCAUUAACACUUGUAUAUAUGAGACAUGCGUAUGGCUUAGGAGAACAUUAUAAUUCUGUUACACUGUUGGUGAACACAGCUUUUUCCAGAAGCCUCUCUCACUCUUUAUAUUGUGUAAAUGGUGGAUUCUGUAGUUUUAAAAGGGCCAAGGCUACAUUUGCUUCAAAUUCUCUUUUCACUUUGUUUUACAAGCUUGCUGCCUUUUUACUCAUUUUCUAGUAUUACAAGAAAGCUCUCAUGACUUUUGUUAAUCUUAUUGUCAUUUUUUCUUCAUUUCAAAUAUUUGAAAAUUUUGUUUUGUGUGUAUGGGUACAAUUGGAGAGCCAAGAGCUUUGUAGUAAAACCAGUAUUCAGUGAUUUUUCUGUGUGAAUAAUUUAUCUAAUUCAGACUCCAGAUCAAAGAUAACAGUAUUAUGAGAGGAGAGUGCUCAUCUAUGCAAAUGUAUUUGAUAAUUUGUUAUGUUAAAAAAUUAAGAAAAUGAGAACUUUUGAUAUUUUUCCCAAGUUCCUUGAACUUGUGUUUUAUGUAUAAUUUUAUGAGUAAAUCUUGGGCAUAUAAUGUUAAAAGCGGAGCCAUUCUCACAUGGCCAACAGGUAACAGUGUGAAGCUGGUAGAGACUGUGCUUAACUAGAGCAAGUCAGUACUUCCCAAGGGCACCAAACCAACAGAACAAAAACCACUUUACCUGCCAACAAGAUAUUUCAAAGCUGCCUGUUUUGUAACCUUUGACCUGAAUUUUUUAGGGGUCUGAAAUUAAUAAAGGAAUGGAAUUAUAAAAUAUAAAAUGCUUUGUGUUUAUUUUGAAGUACUCUCUUACUCUAAAAUUAAAAUAUCAGCAUUAAGAAUAAAAUAUCAUAAAAUCUAGUUAUAGAUUCUAUCUUUAUCAAAAGUAUUCUAAGAUAAGUAAUUUUUUAAUAAGGAUAAAUUAGAAUUUUCUUGCUUUUUGUGUUUAUUAAAAUUGUUUUUAAAUGGUCAUGGUCAGUACAGUUAUGAACAAGAUUUGUAUGAUCACCUAUUCUUUCAUAAAACUUUAGGUAAAUACUGUUUUAUUUAUAAUUGAAAGUUUUUAAAAAUUUGCAGAUGUUAAUUUUAAAGUACAUAUACUAAUUAGUUUGCUAUAUGGUGGUCUAAUGGGUAUUAUAUAAGCUUUCUUUUGUCCUAAUCUGUAAAACUAUAUGUCAGAGUUCUGGAAAUGUCCUUAGCCAAGAAUUUUAUCCACUUAUAUAUGUUUACAGCUUGUGUAAAGCAAAAAAGAAUGUACUUACAAUGAGCAGUGUAGUUUUGCUCAUAUUCUCUGAUGUUUGCCAAAAG